AUGAAAAAAAUUGAAGAAAUUGAUGUGGGGGAAUUUUAUUCAAUAAGGGAAACCCUAUGCCAUGACCUUCCACCUGAUCAGCAGGUUGAUGGGGUCUAUAGAAACCUGGAGAACUUUUUACUUCUGCUGGCCAAGUUCUAUUUUGAGACUGAUCAGUACAGGAAACCUGGGGAUAAGCUGGUGUGGUUCAGUGAGAGGGAGGGAGCAUUUAAGGUUGCCAUAGGGGGUGAUGGGGCUCCUUUUGGGAAAUGGGAUCAAUCUAUGUCAUGGCUGAUACGUUUUUUUGAAUGUGGGGCCCAGGGUAGCUAG